AUCAGGAACAGAGAGAAGAAGAACGCCAAAAUUAUCGUCUGCGACUCUGCAGUAAACAAACCAGGAAUUUUCACAAGGCCGAUUCUACCGAAGGUUCUUUGGCCUUGGGCAAUAAUAUCUAGUCAGGCCUUGUGCUGUGCUGUCUGCGAGUGUCCAUCUUCGUGAACUGUGCACAAGUUCCGUUGCAGAAAUUAUCCAUCAUGGGGAUGUCGAGGAUCUUGCUUGGAGUUAUGAAAUACAGGCAGAACUACAGGGCCGGGAUGGUGAAGCAAUUUGAAGUGGUUCGAGAUGAUCCUCAUCCAAAGGCGGUAUUUUUCACUUGUAUGGACAGCCGUAUGUUACCCACAAGAUUCACUCAGACAAAUGUUGGUGACAUGUUCAUUGUUCGAAAUGCUGGCAACUUAGUCCCUCAUGCCAACCUGAGUGGCCAUGAAGAAAUAACAACUGAACCAGCUGCUUUGGAGCUUGGAUGUGUCAUAAAUGGCAUCCGGCAUGUCAUUGUGUGUGGUCACUCAGAUUGCAAGGCUAUGAACAUGUUACAUAUGAUGCGAAAUUCGGACCGAACUUCACAAGAAAUAAUAAAACAGUCUCCACUGAAGGCGUGGCUUGUUCGUCAUGGACAUUCAUCCAUCGCAAAAUAUGCCCAGCUAGAAGUUGCUGAUUUUCAAGCACCUCUUAUUUUUCAGGCUGAAACUCCGAUGAGACGUUUUGUUGCUUAUAUAGAUCCAGAAAAUAAAUUUGGUGAAGAAGAUAAGUUAUCUCAAGUUAAUACUCUCCAACAGCUUCAGAAUAUUGCUAGCUAUAACUUCAUGCGAGAUGGAUUAGUACGAGGUCGAGUGUACAUUCAUGCUUUGUGGUUUGAUAUUUACACAGGAGACAUUUAUUACUUUAGUAGGCAACAAAAGAAAUUUGUGGAUGUAAGUGAGGAUAAUAUUGAAAGAUUAUUAGAUGAAGUGAAGCAGUAUUAUACUUAGUUUAAGUGCCACAUGUAAUGUACAAGAGUAUGUACAAAGGUAGAUUUGCCUAUUUUCCUAUAAAAGAUUGUUUUGAUAUGCUCUACUGAAUAUGGCGACUGAAUCCAGAAUAUGUAUCUGACAAAAAAAUUUUGUCAUUCCAUGAGUGUUAACUUGAGAUACUAUAACAGUUUCUUAACAGGUUAGGGAUAUUCUAAGUACUGAAGUGCUGUGUAAAUGGAUCAGCGUGGGCCCAUAGUACUAAUCAGUCAUAAUGUAUUUUCAUAGGGAUUCAGUGAGCCUAAUAAGAUGCCUCAAUUAUGCCAGGCUGGGGCUGUUAUGGUUUAGUAAUUUACCACUAUUAUUUAUUGUGUAUUUAGACAUACCCCACUUAUCUGUUUUAAAUUUUGGUGAGGAAAUUUAAUAAAUGAUAUAUAUUGAAAUUAAAUUUUUCAAGCAAGAACUACAAAUAAGUUAAUCUUAUGGUAAAGGUUAUAUGUAGAUUCAUCUUGUCUGGUAAUGUCUACAAUAAGCCAAGGUAAGUUUUAUUGAUAUGAUUUAUUCAACUCAUAAACUUUUUGUUCAGCAUACUGGAAUAUAUCCUUUUACUGUCUGAUAUUCUAUCACUAUACGUAUUGUGAUAUUGAGCCAGAAACAAUACGUACUUAUGUAUUAGAAUUGAUAUUUUUAUAUCAUACAGUGGACCCUGUAUUUGCGUUCUCCAGAUUUGCGGACUCACACAUUCGCAGAUUUCUUUCUGGAACAUUUCCCCUAUUAUUCGCAGGAAUUUCGCCUAUUCGCAGUAUUUUUCUAUGAGAAAUAUCCACAAAUUUCUGUUUUUUUAAAUAAUUUUCAUCAUAAAAUGCACUUUUUGUGGUAAAACUAUUAAAAAAACAGGCAUAAAAUUUUUAGUGAGUCUUUCUUGAGUUUGAACUAACAAAAUGGGCUGUUUAAGUGUUUUUAUAGGAGUUCCAACUGUUUGUGGGUUCUAACUAUUGGUGGGGGGAUCUGUACGCAUCCCCCGCCAAUACAGGGUCACCAAUGUAUUUUCAAGGUCAAUUCUGUAAUAAUUAAGCUUACAUUAAGAUGUUAAUGUGAACUUGGCUUUUUGCUAACUAGUAACAGUUGUACCCAGCUACAAUAUAAGGCAGUCCCUAGUUUACGACAGAUGGGGGUUCCGUUCCUGAGACAUGUCGUAAGCCGAAAAUUGUCAUUAGUCAAAACAUCGUCGAAAAUCAUAAAAAAUUCUAAGAAAACCUUACUUUUAAUGCUUUGGGUGUCUUAAAAACUAUGUAAACUGCAUUCUUAUUGCAUUUUUCAAUUAAAAAAUAACCUUCAAGUAUUGAUUACUUUGCCUUUUUGGAAACGUUGUAACCAUGGAACAUGCACCGUAAACCUGGAAAUAAUUUCUGGCGAAUAUAAAUGAAAAGCGUCGUAACCUUGGAAUGUCAUAAGCCGAAAGCGUCGUAAACUGUGAACUGCCUGUAGUACUUUGAAUGGUUGGUUUGAUUCAGUUGGAUUUCUUACAAAAAAUAAAAUGUAGAUUACCUAUGAUUAUUUUGUUGCUGAAUAAAGUAGGGCUGGCUGAUGUUAAUAUUUGUUUUGCCUGCUUUAUGAGUGACUGUAAUUCCAUGGUAAUUUGACAUGUUUUGCAUUGAUAUUAUUGUUUAUAUAAACAUUUAUAUUCUGUAUCACAAUGAAUCCCUGCAGCAGUUUGGGUUUAUUACAUAUCUCAUUCCAUCUUUUGCAAGUCUAUUGAAGAAGUCUCUAAUGUAUUUAUAGAUUUGGAACUUAAUUUACAGGUUUUAUUCUGUUACAAACUUUUUUUUUCUACAUUUGACUGUAUUGGUUUGAUAAUCUUGGCCUCUUUUUAAAAUACAUUGCAUAUUUCUAUUUUAAUUAUACCUGGGCUCAUAAUUGAAUUAAAUUAUGAUUUAGAUGAUGACAGAAACUGUUAUAGUAUCCAGAAGUUCACAAAACUGCUGUUUAUAUUCAGGUUAUAAAUGACAUUACUUUUACUUAUGCCUAAAUCCUUAGUUGUGGCAGACAAAAUGAGUGCUGAAUAAUUAUUGAGAAAAAAAUGAGUUAGCUGGUUAUGUGAGGUUCAUGUCAUGGAAAUAUGGUUCCUGACUUUCUUUGUUAGUCUAAUUACUGCACCACUUUUAAGCAGUUCAGUGAUAAUUAUCACUCCAUCAUAAUUUUUUUGUAACAUGUAAUAUUGAUGAGAAAUGCCAAUGGUUUAUGAAAAAUUACAAACAUCCUUACUUUCAUGGUAUAGUGGACAAAUCAAGUGCUGAAGAGCUGCCAACCAGACAUUGAAAUAUUUGCUUUAUUAUAUAUCUACUGUAUUAUGUAGGAGUGACCAAAUGCUAAAAUAUUAGUAGAGUAGGUUCAGGACAUUGUACGAGAAUUUUGCAGCAGAAUAUCACAUUUACCAUAUAGUACCAACUUCAUAGAGAUUACGUUAGAUGUAAAAUGCAGUAGAGUUCCGAUGUGAAUAUCAUUUGAGCUUAUCGGCAAUUGACUGCUUCCACUUUAAGUAGCUACUGUAUUUGGUUUAUGAAGAAAAAACUAGAAGAUAAUUAUUCCUAGAUGCACAAAUAUCUUCUUAUAAUUUUAUUCUUCUCAUACCGUUAAUCCCAUUUGUUCAUUUUGGUGCACAGGCAGUUAAGAAGUGAGAACAAUUGAGAAAUUGGUCUUCCCUAGUCAGGGAGGUCUCAUCUGAUAUGUAAUCAAGAGCAGUCAGUUUGCCCAACUUUCUUGGCAUUAAGGUAUAACUUCAAGUAAGAAGAUUGUAAUUAUGAAACAUUAAAAAUAUGAAAAUCUGUAUUUUUUUUAGGUGUUUAUACAGGCUUGUUAUUUUUAAUCAUGCAUUAUAUGAAACUUCAGAUUAUAUAAACUGAUAGUUGUUAUUUUAAUGUUUAUAAGCCCAGGCUUUAGUAACCCAUCUAAUGUCAAGUGAAGCAUUCUGUAAAUAGGAAAUUAUAUAUUUUUACUCUUUGCUCUAGUCAUCGAUUCCAUGACAAAUGAAGAAAACAGAUUCGUUAUGGAAAUGGGGAAGAGUCAAAUAACCCACGUUUUGUUGAUAUGAGCAUUGAUAAACAGCAUCAGGGCAGAUUUAGAUGAUGAACUGGCUUGUAUAUGUUGUAAAGCUAGAGAUGGAAAUUCUGGAUAACGACCUGACUGGUUGCAGUGUUAAUGAAAAGUUGCUUCAGCUUGGAUCAUUGUGAUGUCUUAAAAUUAUUAUUAACAAUGAUUCACUAUCACUUAAUAAUACAGAAAAGAAUUAAGGAAGCAGGAUAAUUUGCAGUCUCCUUGAAAUAGUUUGGAGGUUAUUAAAACAAAAUUCCUGUUCGUACGCCUUAAUUAGACUGUUAAUAAGGGGAUAUGAUACAUGUCUCUGGAGUUGGGAUGGUUCUCCAACUUUAAAAAGUGUGUGCAAGAGGUUUCUCAUGUAAUUAGAUAUGUACUUUUGCAUCUCUUAGGUGCUAGAAUGUACGUAAAUAAUAAUUUAAAAGUAAUUCAGUUUUUGUAGAGUUUACUUGUGCUGGUAAUUGGUGUCUGAUUCUCAGAUAGACAAAUGUGCAUUGAAGAGUAAAGUGUAUUGUGAGUAGUGCAGGAGACUAGGGCUGUUUGACCAAUCUGAAAGUUUCAUUUCAUCGAGGUAUUUGGAUGUAGUGUACUUUUCCAGCAUCCACAUCUUGUAGAUUACCACUUUCAGGUAACUGAGAAAUAAUGAAGUAUCGAUAGUAUCUGUGAGAUAUGUAGUCUCCUUAUUUCUUGUGAUUAAUGUAUUUUUUAAAGUUGACCUUCUUCAUACCCGGUGUUCAUAUUGUGGUCUGCAGGUAUUUGAUGAGCGUAUGAAAACCUACUUUUAAGUUGUAAAUCCUUUAUUUUAUUUAUAGGUAAGAAUAGUAAUGGUGAUUUGGUUUGUAAGUAAUCUGGAAGUUUUAAUGAAGCAUUUGACUGUAAAUAGUGUACAACUUUUCUAGCUUCUUUAACUUCUAGAAUUACAAUCUCAGGUAACUAACAUUUCCAUUUUAUGAUGCACCCAAAAAUUGCAGUAUCAAAGCUGUAUAUGAAAUAGGUCCUCUCCCUGUUUCCUCAGUUUAAUGUAGUGUUUCUUUAAAAUUGACUUUCAAUCAUAUUAUGUCUUAUCAUAGUCUGGGGUCAUCUUAUAUUGGGAUAUGGCUAUUAUAUAAUUGAUGGAUUUGUAUGGAAAACAGGUUUUAUAAAACCUUUUUGUUUUUCACUAUGAAUGAGCAAGUUCUUAAUGUCUCUAUUUAUAGCACAAAGAUCUUUGUAAGCUAUCCAUUUUGGUAGUUACUAUAUCAUGUGAUUAUGUAUGUUAAAACAAAAAUACUUCCAUUGAAUAGAGUAAAAGCGUUAUGUACUGUUUUACAAAAGUAGUCAAUAUUUGUUGACUUAUUGUAUCAAGUUGUAUACUGUACAUUUUGGUUACUAGUACAAGUUUUAAUAGUAAAGUAAAAAACUAAUGUAAUCUUUUGUUAUGUUUUCAUGAAUUAAUUUGCUGAGAAAAUAUUCUGUCAGUUAGGAUUAUGAAAUUUUAAUCCGUGAUUGAGGAUGAAAGUUACAGUAUAGUGAUAAACUUUGAGUAGUAGUAAACCAUGCAAAGGUGUAUUUUACAUUAAAAACUUUAAAAAAUUUUUUUUGUUUGGGAUACUAAAUUUAUAUAGUGAAUAAAUAAUGUUGAUGAAUAAAAUAAUGAACUUUGCUACUAGGUCUGAUGGAUUGCAUUUGGUGUAAUUGUUGUAUGAAAUAAGUAAGAAAUUAAAGCUGUAAAAAAACUAUCAAAUGAUUUUUAGGAAAUUUAAAAUUGUUUUUACAAGUUUUAGUAAGAAAUAAUCUUUACUACUUAAAUUGUAAUGAUAAAUAGUUUUUCAUCUUCACUGAGGUAUGCCACUGGAGACUACUUAUACUUCACUGGUGACAAGUGACAACUGGCUCUCUACUGAAUUGCUCAUGUCUUUAGAAGGAAACCACGAGCUGUGUACUUGAAGUUAACCAAUAUAAUUGAACCUGGUCACUCUGAAAAAAAUGUUUUUAGGCAACAAAAAAUGUUACCUUUUUCAUUCUCAUUAGCACUGUUUAUUAGUUCCAGAGAAAUGGCAUGAAUUUGUAUAUCCUAUACUUGAAUUAUACAUACUAACACCUCUAAUGUUUAUGUGUUACUAUAUUUACAAAAAAGAAAUUUGUGUAAAUGUUAAAAAUUCUUAAAGUAUUACUACUUACAGAUUUGUUAAAGUUUUAUACUCAAGUUGUGCACAUUUAUUAGUCAACAUUAUUAACCUGUUUUGCUUCCAAUUCAGUGUUCCUUUUCAAAUUGAUUCAGCAAUAGGUCUUUGAUAACUAAUUUUGUUCUUCAAUGUGCUGCAUCAUAUUAUUUUGGCAAGCAUGCACUUCUUGAUUUUGCUUUAAAAUCCAUUAUUUAAUUCAAGAAAAUAUAUGUCGUCUUUGCAGAUUUCAUUGUGCUUUAAAAGCUAAUAUAUAUUUUUACACUUGGUUGUCAGUAUAUUACUAUUGUUCCACACACCAAACUAACUUCACACAUUUACUACAUAUAAAGGUUUAAACAACUGAGAUGCGAAAAAACUUGUCCUAAAAAUUUGACUUAACUGGAUCUUUCUUUUUAUUUAAAAGAGAAUUAAUGUAAAUCUGGGGUACAAGGGUUACUAGAGAGAGCAACUGGAGCAUCCAGAUUUAUAAAUAAUAAUGGCACUGGCACAAACCAAUGAAUGCACAAAUGAAUUUAGUAAUCAUACAAAUAUUACUGUAUUUGCAUUGCACAAGGUACUGAGGCAAGUUUUUUUUUAUUUUUCAAGAUUAAUAUCAUGCAGAACACACAAUAUAUCACAUAAAUAUGGGUUUGGUUCAAACCACCUCUCUCAUAAAACAUCUGAAGGAAAUCAGGAAAGUGUAUUUUUUAAAAAUAAUUUUUUUAUCAAUUUCAUCAUAAAAUGCACUUUUUGUAAUAAAACUAUUGAAAAAAACCAAGUACAAAAGUUUUUAGUGGGUUUUUCUUGUGUUUUAACUAAUGAAAUAGGAGGUUUUUAAACAUUUUCAUAGAGUUUCCAACUAUUUGUGGGCUCUAACUAUUCACGGGGGGUCUGGUAUGCAUCCCCUGCGAAUACAGGGGGGACCACUUUACAGGUAUAUAGUAUCUACCCCUCACGAUUUUUCCCCUUCUUUUGGCAAACUUUUAUUUGGAAGUUCAUAUCAUUAUUUCUUUAGCUUAAUAACAAUUUUCAUAUAUUGAAAAUAAGUUAGCUUGGAAACUUUAGUUUUUCCAAGGCUUUGGGUACUUACUUGUAUACUAUAUGCCACAACGUAGAGCAUAACCAUACUUACCUGCAACUUCUACAUGUUCUUAAAACAGAACGUAGGCUACAGGACACUUAACGUUAGAGGCCAAGGUCACAAGAACUCCCUUAUUAGGUAUUUGACUCAUAAAUUCAGCACAUUUUACCUUAAUUUACCUUGAAUAUCCUUGUUAGCAUAUAUUUAACCAUAGAGCUAUGUACAAACAUUUUUUGAAUUGGAAAGUUAAGUGCAAUGAUGCUGGAUUUUAUCAUUGCUGUACUAGCCAUUAAUCAUGAAGUAGUGCAGAAUCCUUUACCAAUAAAAAUUAACAUAAAUUUGUGUGAGCUAUAGGUAACGGCAUUGUUAAAGAAAGUUAGGCAAUAUAAUUUUUUCCAGUCAUUUGAUAAGAUUUCUCCACGUCUCCAAUGUUGUUAUACGAAAACUCCUAAAACUCCUGAGUCAUCAGUAUGGUAUGCUAGGGAUUACAUUAAUCUUGUGCCUUUAAUCUUGAACUGCACCUUAGUCAUAUUAGAGUAGUAUACUCUUAAGGGAUCUGCAGUGUUCUCUUUUUACAUGGUAUGUUUUCUUUCUUUGCUUAUUUAGUAAAUGUUACAAUAUUUAGCUGAUAAAACAUUCUUGCUUGUCUUUUUGACAGCUGAUGCAAAUACAUAACAUGCUACACCUUGAGGCCAGCUGUUUGAGCAGUUAUGUCAUCCUUUAAAUUCACAUUACCAUGGAAACUAGGACCAUUUGUCAUAGAUUUCUACAACAUAAUAAAGAACUUAAAAGACAUUCUUUAAUAGAAAGGUGAAAUGUAUAAUAAAAUUAUUCAGUUUUACUUACAUAAGAAGUUGAGCAGUUUGAAUUUUCACAUAGAUACUAUUGGCAAAAGCAAUGAAUUGUCCAAUGCUGCAGGAUUAAAAUUGCCCCUUUUCUCCUUCCUUGUGCCUUUUGUUUAGACUUUUGUUUAUAUUGACAUGUGGGUUAUCCCAUAAUUAUAUAACAACUUAAGCCUACAAACACAGAACAUUGAAACAAAAACAUAAUUUUAUUUAAAAGGUCAGCAUGGAUAGCUUACAGAGAGGGCUGAUAGUAGUGACUUGACAAAAUAUAUUUCAGUGAAAUGAAUUCAGAUAUUCAUGAAUAAUUAUAGUGACUUUCUACAAAUUAAAAGACCUUUAUAUUUGUUAUGGUAUUUAUGCCCAUUUGUAUAUUUCCUGUUACAGUACUUUUGUAUUGAUUUUUUUAUGCCCUUAGAGAAAAGUUGACCAAAAUGUCUCAGUCUUUUGUUUGUUACAAAUAGGAUUACCAGAUAAUAUGGAUUUUGCCCUAAAAUUUCAGCAAUGAGUCAUUUAUAACUUUUGUUGUGAAUUGACUUGCAUAUUUAAUUUGUCAGAAUUAUUGGAUUUUUAUUUCUGAAUCUAAAUUUCAGUAUGUUUGUGCAAAUAAAACAAUGUAGCAUUGUUUAUCAAGUAAAACUACAUUAUAUUAUAUGUAAUAUAUAUUUAGUGUGUGAAAUGCUAAGUAAAUAAAAUCUAAGAUAUGUAAAGUACAGCUAUGGAAUUUUGAAUGCUUUGUAGCUUUUGAUUAUCAGAUAUUAGUGGAGUUUUUCUGAAGAGGUUCUGUAUAUCAUUUUGCAAUGCAGUUUUAUUUUUAGAGAGAUGUUUAACAUCUUGACUCUAGUACUACUGCAGUACAUAUUCCUUAUUGUAGUUAUUGUGUAAAACAUAAAUUUGUUUAAUUUUUAUAUAGUAUAUAGUAUAGCUUGUUAUCUUGAAAAACCCUGUAUUUUUUUUUCUUAGUUUAUAGUUAUCAUUUUGGAUUAUAUUUUGAUUAUUUACAGUUUAAUUCUGUGCACAGUAUAUCUUUAUAUUUUGUGUUUUAAAUAGUAUUUUGAAUAUUUAUUUUUGAUGCUUGUAAAUACUCUUUUGAGUCAGAAAGUUUGUACUAGUACAUGCUUUGGAUUAACCUAUUACUUAUCUUUAAGAAUCUCAAAUUUUCUACCUAACGGGCACUGUUAAUUGUUGAAUACUUUGCCCAUAAUGAUCAUCUGUAUGUUCAGAGUGCAAUGAGAAUUUGCUAUAUAUAGUUAUUUUAUUUGACCUACUUGUUAUAAAAUAGCAGCAGGACAAUGUUGAAAACAAUUUAACUGUCAGAUAUAUUAUUUCUAUAUAAUUCUGUGUCGGGUUGAAUUCUAAUGGCUGGGAGCCAUAAUUUUUUGUUUUUUGUUGCAGAAGUAAUUUAUCUAUUUUCAGUUUUAGAACUUUGGGGCACUAAAGUCUAAAACUCUUGCCAUGAAUACUGCAUUUUAAGAAGUAAUACAUAAUUGAUACUGUUUUCAAAGUAGCCACCCCUUCACUUAUGUUCGGUGUUUACGUGCCUGUAAUCUUGAAAGUAAAUUAGUAGUCUUUAACAUCAAGUAUUUACCUUGCAUUCACGUUCUUCCAUUUUAUAGCUAAUGUGAGAGAGGAAAAUAACUAGAAAAGUAGUUAUGGAGCCUAGUUUUCUAUUAUAUAGGUGUAUAUAUUUUGUACAGUAUUUGUUUUAUACAUUAGGUAGGAAGCUGGGAAAGCAGACUUUGUUUGAUUUUAGUUCAGUGGUCAACUAGUAUUGAGAUUGUUUGUUUGUUUGUUUGUAUGGUGUUUUUACGUUGCAUGGAACCAGUGGUUAUUCAGCAACGGGACCAAUGGCUUUAUGUGACUCCCGAACCACGUCAAGAGUAAAUUCUAUCACCAGAAAUACACAUCUCUCACUCCUCAAUGGAAUGGCCGAGAAUCGAACCCGCGACCACCGAGGUGGAACGCCAACACCAUACCAACCACGCCACUUAGGCGCUAUUAGUAUUGAGAUAUCAUUUAGGAUUGGUUCCAUUUUUGUACAUUCGCAUUUUGUUGAUGGAUUGGAAAUUAGUGUGUGUAAUGUUUGUGUGUAGUUCUGUGAUAUUUUAAAAAUUAUUAGUAUAUUGUACUUUGACUAGAGAAUUUGUUUGAAUAUCCUUAGUGUUCCUGCAGGAACUUGUAACUUCAGUUAAAUUAUCAUUAUCCAGGUUUUCUUUCAUAGCACAAAACUAAUUGUAUAUAAAACUGCAACUGCCAUCUGUUGGUUGGGAUGAGACGUGAAACAAGCUCAUAAAAAAUGUAGGUUCUUUAUUAUGUAAGGUUACUACUACGUAUAUAACAAGGACAAUGUAUAUGAACAACUGAGCUCGGAGAGGGGAAAUAGCAUACUGCUUGGCAUUGGAUUUGCAAUGUGUUCAGAUGCCACUUAUUAGUAUACAUGGAAGCAAGGAUACAGUUUCCACUUAUCAAUAUACAAUAUUAUACACAUGGGAGGUGGAAUGCGUUUUACAAUGACAAAUAUGUGUUGCAUACACUAGAUAAUAGUAAUAUCUACACCAUCCAUAGCCUGAUAAUACAGGUAACUUCUUUAUCAUAUAAAUCUUCCUAUAAGACUCAGUCCCUUGACACUGAUGGAAAGUAUUACAGAGCAGCAGUUUUAGAAUUACCGAGUAUUUAAAGUUCAGAUAACUUAAAAUGUAUUUCGGCUAACACUCUCAGGAACACAAACACUCGCAGACGAAGAAAAGGCAAAGUCCCUAAUCUUCCAACGCUGACGCAGUGGAGAUGGGGGAGAAGGAGAGGGAGAGGAAGACAGUACUGACUCCUUACACAAUCUCUUGCAGGAGGUGGGGGCGACGCAACACACAUACUUCCAGUCCUUCCAGCCGACAUGGCAGCAAACCUAUCUUCCAAAACAGAGUCCAUUCUCUUAAGAACCGCCUGACAAAGACUCAGACGGAUCGGCAAGAGUAGCGGGUCACAACAUGGAAGGGAGAUGUAGCGAACUGGAUGGUAGCGAUGACGUCACGGGAGCAAACGAUGAUGACACAGAUGAGUGAGGCAGCGCAGUGGAGGAAGCUCGGAGUGACGUCAUCGAUGUAAGUGAUAUCACUAGUGGUGCUGACGUCACGGCUUCCCUUCGAUCUGAGGAGGAAGCAGAUGCCACUGGCGGAGGGAUACAAAAUGGCUGACCCUGUGACGUCACCAGUGGCGCCGACACCACGGCUUCCCUUUGACUUGAAGAAGCAGCAAUCGUCACUGGCGGAGCAAUACAAUAUGGCUGACCAAGGCUACCAACGAAGACGAGGCCACGAGGUGGGGGGAGAGCUUGGGUAGCCUGAGGAGGGGGGAGGCUAGCAUCCAAGAGGUACGUCGGCAAACCAUCCAAGGAAGGUGAACCCCAUAGCCCAAGCGACCCCCAGACCACCUCCAUUUUGGAUGCCUCUGACUCUGAAAUGAAAAAAACUGAUGAAAAAGCCUCCUCCCUCUCAGGAAGUAAAUUAACUCCCGAGGAAGAGGGGGCGACAUUACAUCAUAAAUCAGCCUGAGGGCCUCCCGAUACUUCCAACGACGAAUCGAUGGAAGAAAAGGAAGGAGACAAAGGCACUACACUAGCAUGGGGUGUGACUGCGGCAGGAGUCGAAGCAUCGGGAAAAGGAGAUGAAAAUCCCUCCCACAAAGGAAGGGUAGAAACUCUGGAUCUGUUGCUGAAGAAGCCAAAAAUCGAGAACUCGGGAAACCUAGAGUACCCAGGCACACACAUUGUCAAGUCCGAGAAGGAGCAGAAGCAGCUGUAAUACAAGCACACACACACAGAAUCUCAAGCGAAAAUGGGCAAUGAACAGGGUAAAAGGCCGAGAGAGGGCAUCCGUGACUCUUGCCCUGGCGGUUAAGAAAAAGACUGAACGCUGUAACGUGGGUGCGUGGUCCUUGACCACUCUUCACCAGAUAUACGCACGCAUGUCAGAUCGCACAAGAUUCCUUGCCCCUUAUGGGUGAUAAAUUUAACUGGAUCCAGCUAGGUGCUAGAAAAUUAUCCUAUUGUUAAGACCAAAGGUUUGUAGCUAUGAAAAAUACAAAGUGUCGUAGAAAAUUUGUCAUUUUUCAAACAUUUCAGGUUAGGAUAAGACCGGCUUUCUCGUGUAUAAAAGUAACUACUUGAGGUGAUCAAGUAUGUGAAGCCAGAUUUAGUUCCAAGCUCUCUCUG